ACACUUUCCGCCUCUAAAAGUACAAGUAGGCCUGCAUUAUUAUUAUCGCGCUCAGGCCUCUACCUCUAGGCUUCGUUGCAGUCACCAAAGCCCGAUCUUUCACCGCUAACAAGACCAACUGAACAUCACGUACGCUGCGAAAGAGGUCAAAUAUCAUGUCAGACUCCAAAGAGCCCUCGCGCAUAGGCUUCAAGCUUGGUGGAGCUUCAUCCCGCUCACCAAAGCCUGCAAACGGCGCAAAGCCUCCUCGGCAACCGCAGUCAUCCUCGUCGUUGGGCAAACGCCCCCGAUCCCAUGCUUUUGAGCCCGACUCCGACUCAGGAGAAGACGAAUUCACUGGAAGACAUGAGGCUGUAACCGAGUUCGGCACCAACGGAGCCGAGAAUGAGGGCAGAAGAAGAGAAGCGAAAGCAUCACGGACUAGCGAAACCCCCGUCAUCGCCUGUCAGACUUCGCAGUGGGAUAACGUCAUGAAAUCUCGGAGACCUCGAAACGAGGUAAAAUCUCUAUCAUUGAAGGAAACGGACGUCGCAGACGCGGACAAGGACAUUGAAUGGGGCUUGAAUGUUGCCGAUAAGUCCGUUUCAAAGCAACCACCUGCGGCAGCCGAUCGCAAGACUGAGGCGGACAACCGACUUGCGGAAGAUAACAACAGCGAUGAUGAAACCGACGACAACAUGGAAAAAAAUGCGAUGAACGCGCUCCUCGGCAAGGACAAGCGAAAGAAGCAGAAAUUGGUCAUCACGGAGGAUGAUGCACUGAAGCGCGGUGUACAGACUGCUGGAGAGAUUUCUACGACAGAUGAGUAUGACCAGAUACCCGAUGGCGAGUUCGGAGCCGCAAUGCUACGUGGCAUGGGUUGGGAUGGAAAACCAGUCGUGACUAAGCGCAAGGAAGUCAAGCGAAGACAAAACCUGCUGGGUCUUGGGGCAAAGGAGGACGAGGAGAUUAAGAAGCUCGAGCUAGCCAAGAAACAUGGACACCGCGAGCGGCGUCCGCGACUGGACGAAUAUCGCAAGGACGAGGAACUUCGGCGACAGAGGCGCGAGGAGAAGCACUCGAACAGCUACAGGAACGAGCGCGAACGUGAGAGACGUAGCCGAAGGCACGACGAGAGGGAUCGAGACCAUCCUCGUGGCAGCGAUCGCCAUCGUGACAGAGACUCGACAUUGAGCAGGCCAAACACGCAGCAAAGACUAAUCAACACGGAGGUGACACCAAAGUCUAGGGCAACACACCCAUGAAACCGACAGACCGCGGAUUGAAAUGAAGGCAGUGAAGCCAGAACGAAAUACCAAUUCACUUGCAUUAGCCGUUUCGCAAAGACUGAUCCUUAGUGAUAUCUGUGACGAUGGUUGUACAUGGCGCCCUCGCCCUGCUAUCCCUCUAUUGCUG